GGGAUAUCUGGCGCAUAGUUUGUAUAUUGCGUUACCAUGGUUCAAGAGCAAGUUGCCUAUGCUGCGAAAAUAAAAGGUUUAAGUCGUGAAGUGAAAAUUAAAGAUGUCAAAAAGUUCUUCAAGCCGAUUAGGAUAAAAGACUUUAUGGUUCUAAAAAAUGGUGUGUUUUUUCUGCAAAAAUUAUUUGAAUAGGUAUGGGUCUUGUGUUUUUUUGGAAAGAGGAGGAAUUGAAUAAAGCCCUCAAAAAGAAGGGGGAGUUAGGCGGGAGGGCUGUCAAGAUUAAGGAACACAUUCGUAAAGAGAAUGAAACGUCUUGUGUGCAAAACGUUGACGUGCCCAAAUGGUUAGUUAAGACAAAUAAAGAAACGGUAUCUGCCAUACUGGAGACCGGCCGGUUAUUUGUCCGUAAUUUAUCAUACGCCUGCACUGAACAACACCUUGAAAAGUUAUUUUCUGUUCAUGGAUCUCUGUCAGACAUUCAUUUAGCUUUCGACCCUUGGUCACAAGUGUCUAAAGGAUUUGCGUUCAUCACGUUCCUGUUCCCAUCUGACGCUGUUAAAGCCUACAAAUCACUUGAUAAAACAAAAUUUAUGGAUAGGCUAAUUCACAUACUCCCUGGUCAAGAAAACAUAGAUCCUAAGGACUCAUUUAGAAAGCCUCUAAACAAUGUUUAUAGGAAUGAGAAUUCUGGUGAUCCGUCAAAGAUACUUUUAUCAAGCUUUCAAAACGAUCGAUUUCAAGAACUGAAAAAGGAUUCAGGCGUUGGACAUAAUUGGAAUGCUUUAUUUAUUCGUCCAGAUGCUGUUGCUACAUAUUUAGCUGCAAAAUUCGGUUUGACCAUGGAACAAGUUUUAGAUCCAUCAGGUAAUAAGUCAGUUGCUGUACGAUUGGCUCAUGGUGAGACUCAGUUAGUUGCUGAAAUGAAAGAAUUUUUUAAAACUCAUGGUGUACGAUUGGAAGCUUUUGAAAAGCACAAUGAUGAGACUGAGAUAAAAGAGAAAGAUGAUAAUUCCGUCGUUGUUCAUGAAACAUCAGGCCAACGUAAUCGUUUAGAAUCAAAGUCAAGAUCAACUAUUCGCCAAUUAUCAGGAACUGCAUUUUUAAUAAAAAAUCUACCAGCUGGAACAACUGAGUUUGAAGUUCGAAAUUUGCUUGAACGGUAUACAAAAAGCUCUGUAACUGUUGACGUUAACACUCCGUCAAUUCGUUCUGGAUUAAAACGUGUUCUGGUACCCCCUCUAGGCAUUACUGCUAUUGUAGAAUAUGCCCAUUCUCAACAGGCUCGGUUGAUGUACAAAGCACUUGCAUAUGAACCGUUUAGAGACAGUGUUCUGUUUCUACAGUGGUUACCGGAUGGGGCUUUGAAAUCAUCCACUCCUGAUGAUAACGAAUACGAGGAAAUAAAAUCUGAAGACGCUUCUAUACAUAAGCCGAAAAAGGUGAAACACGAAAAAUCAUCUGUUAAUGAGGUUGAAAAAAUUGAGCAAUCUGACGAUAAAUUUGAACUGAUCACAUUCAUUCCAACUGGUAAACGCAAGUUCAGAGAUGAUGAUGAUGAUGAUGAUGAUGAUGAUGAGGCAGUAGCAGUUACGGAUCACUCAUCUCAUCAUGACAAUGAAAACAAUUCAUGUCAAAUAUCAAAAUCUCAACGAGUUAAAAAAUAUUUAAAUAAAAAACAAAAGAUUGAACAAAUGGCUAACAGUAAAUCAAGUGAAUUGGAAAUAGCCGACAAAAUUAUGGGACAUAAAAGCAAAAAAGAUAAAUUCACUAACGAUGUUAAAGUUGAAUGUACCAAUCAACUACACUCAAAUAAUGGAAAUGUAAUAAAUCAAUGUGAUACUACUACUACUACUACUAAUAUUAAUAAACAACACAAAGAUGAAAUUGAUAUUAAAAAACCAAUAUCAUCAAAACAGUUAAAAAAGAACAAAAUUUUAAUUGUACGUAACAUUCCAUUCCAAGCUACACAAAAAGAAUUGAUUGAAUUAUUUCAACCUAUUGGUGGUCUUGUCAAUGUUCGAUUGCCAAAAAAACCAACUAGCGGACAUCGUGGAUUUGCAUUCGUUGAAUUCGACACAUUGGACAAAGCAAAAAUUGCAUUGGAGACAUUGGGCGUAUCUACGCAUUUAUUAGGUCGUCGUUUACUCAUGGAAUAUGCACAAACAUGAUUAUUGCAACGUGUAGUGAAAUUUCUAUCUUUGUAAAUAAUAAUUCAUUCAAAUGAACUUAUUUGUCGGUUACAGGACGUUCAUUAAAGCAGAAAUACGGUUUUACUUAUUUUCUCGUUUGUUUAUUUCACUGUAACUAGGUGUAAUGUUUAUUGUAUGUAAAUGAGUUUAACAUGAAGAUACUUCAAAAUAAUAGUUUCUGAUAUUAAUCACUGUAUUUAGAUUAACAACAGGUUUAUAAAUCGCGUUUAACUCAUUAUUUUGUUGCCUCCUGUAUAUAUACUGUGAAUAAAUAAGCAAUUUAGUUUGUACGUGAAAAAUAAAAAUACUUUUGAUGGAAAAUCUUAAAACUUUCUACUUUAUAUCUGAUAAACACAUAAAUUGACAUGUAAACUUUUGAAGUUUAUUUUUAUCUAAUAGAUAACAUUGCCUUUAGUCAUCGUUCGACGAGCUCGAUAGAAGAUAAUCUCUCAUUCUGGAUCAGUUGUUUUGACUCUGACCAUGCUCUAUUUCGAGCACAUAAUUGUUUGCACUUUACAGGUUCUAAAAAAGCACCAAGGAAACCCCUUAGAGUUCAACUUAAUAAUGAAAAAGAAAUAUAUUUCAGGAACAACUGGAGGAGUUAGUCAACUGUAAAAGUGA